AUGUCCCUGGUGCCGGAGCCUCGCAUUUCUGGUUCUUACUUCGUUCAGUUAACGUCCAGAAGCCGACACAUUUCUUACAGCAAUGGGGCCGAGUUUUGUUUCUCGAUCUACGACGCAGACGGUACCAACGUAAUCGACGCAGUCGAUCUAGGAAAUGUAUUACGAGCGCUAAAUUUAAACCCGACAAACGCAGCGAUCGAGCGACUUGGAGGAACCACCAAACGAGGAGAGAAGAAAAUUACCGUCGAAGAAUUUUUACCGAUUUUCGAACAAGCCAAAACCGACAAAGACCAGGGAGGUUACGAGGAUUUCCUCGAGUGUCUAAAAUUGUACGACAAGCAAGAAAAUGGCACCAUGCUUGGAGUUGAGCUUUCUAACAUGCUUUUGACUGUUGGUGAGAAAUUAGAAGAUGCUCAAGUAGAAGAAGUUUUAGGUGAAUGUAUGGAUCCAGAAGACGAAGAUGGAUUUAUUCCCUAUGCACGUGAGAAAUUAGAAGAUGCUCAAGUAGAAGAAGUUUUAGGUGAAUGUAUGGAUCCAGAAGACGAAGAUGGAUUUAUUCCCUAUGCACCUUUUCUUCGUCGAUUGUGUGAACGGGCCGCUGCUGAAGCAGAGUAA